CACGGCCUCUGAUACUUGCCGUUCUUAAAUCCAGUCGCUUCGUUCAGGAUAUUCUGUGUAGCAUACACACUGCCCACGACACUGUUGCAAGACCAUGACAACACUCUCUCACAGACUGCAUGCUCAUCACGGCCUCAUCUCAGCCGCAUCAACAUCAUUUUCGUGUUCAGAUGAGCGUGCACUGUCUUGAUGUUUGGGGCUCGUUGGUCUAGCAACAAUACGCCUACAAGGAUCGUCAUCUGCCUGCCAUGCUUAGUUCAAGUAAGAACCAGCCAGUCUAUUCUGCUGAAGCUUCGCAAAAGAUCAAUGACUAGACCUGAACCUACGCCGCCAAACGACGACCUGACUUUGAGCGUCGACCGAUUGGGCUGUCUUCGUGUGCAGGUUUCACGGUCGUAUAGUUGCAGUCGAUUGCCCUCGAACAGUCGUAGUAUCAAUGAUGCAACAGGUAACAUGCUCUACUAGUGUGAAGGAGUGAAAAACAUGUUUUGGACAUAAAUUUUCCGCGCUGUGCAUGAUGAUGUGGGUAGUUCACCAGUGAUCUC